AUGAAUUUGCAAACAGGCACUGACAGUAAGACUGCAAAUGCCUCGAAUGCGCCACCAGAAGAUGAAUUAGUACGAUUGCCUCAAAUAUACCAAAUGACGAUAGACUACAUACUCAUCUGGAUAGAACUGAUAUGGUACUAUAGGGGAUUGUAUCCAGCAGAAUCUUUCAAAGCCAAACAGGCAUUUUACACUAAGGUUUAUCAGAAUAGACAUCCAGAUUUACAGGCGUACCUUGAUGAUUUGAGAGGAGAUUUGAUGGACCUUCUCCAGAACGGGCAACUUUGUAAAAUCCAUCUAAGAAUCUUUGAACACAACAAGGUUAUUGAAAGUUACACCAUCAACGUGAUUAACUCUCCCAUCCUUUAUGAAUCGUUUGCCCUUGAAGAGGAUGUUAUCAUAUCUAACGAAGACUAUCCACUUGCUAUGAUAUAUGCUGAGUUCCAGGCAUCACUCAAUUCACUUAUUUCAGAGCUAUCAGGUAUAUCGAACCAAUAUCCUGUCAGUCAAACCCAAGAAGAUGACAAUUACAAGUUCAAGAUAUAUAUAUCCCCAAAUGCGGGUACCAAUGAUCUCUAUUCGAAGCUGGUAGUGAACGCUAAUUGGACGUUGACUUCACGGAGACCUCAAAAUGCCCCAGUUCAUUUGAACCGAGCACGAGCUGUUGAUCUGGGCUUCUUAAAUAUCCAGACAACUUUUAACAUAAGAAGUUAA